AGUGCAUUUCAUGUACUGUUUACAUUAUUAGUACUACCUAGGUAAUAAAACAAUUUAUCGAACGAAUUUUCAAAAAGUGAAAUUCAUUGUUUUUCGACACUGAUACCCCCUCCCUUCUCCGUGUUCGUUUUGUUCGAAACGUCAAACACCCUACGUUCUCUAGGAAAGGGUUGAGAAAACAUUCAGUCAAACAAAAGAAGCAAAAGUCUCCUGAUGGUGGUGGAAGAAGAAAAUUGUGGGUUUUUUUUAAGUAUCCUGCCUAUUCUGUCCAGUAAUUAGCUCUAAUUUAGGGACGUUAGGGGUUCAAUUCGAUCUUUGGGUGAGCGUGUACUAAUUUCGUAAGCGGAUAAUCAGUGGAUUCCUUGCCGAGCUACGUUGCUACGAUCCCCUUCCGGUAGAUGUUUGUUCCUCGUAGGUGGUAGCAGGGAGGUGGCAGAAUUCGUUAGCUAGUCAGCAAGCGACGCAGGACGAACGCAAAGAUCAGCAGAAGCUAAAGAAGCAGAAGAGCAAAACCAGCACACCCAACAUUCCAAAGGUUGCUUGGUGCUAGCGACAGUACGAUACGCUCGGUGUUGGCGUGGGCAAAAUAAGGCACAAUUCAGGGGGCCUCCCCACCAACGCCGUCGUGGAUAGGUUACAUAUAAUUUGUCAUCGAUACUUUGGACGGGCGUGUGAACUGUUGAAGCGCUUCGCGAUGGAGCUGCAACUGCAACGCAAACAAGGUACGGCAGCAGCUGGCGCACACGCACAGCAGCGGGACGGUGCGGCUGGGGCCGGAUCUGGUAGCGGAAGUAGUGCCUCCGGUGGUGCAAUCAGCAAGAACGACAGCUACGACAGCUCACACAGCAGCAGCAACACGGAGGACACCACCGAAACAGACGAUCGUCGAAGGAAGAUGAUGAAGAACCGUGCCAGAAACAAUAGACUCAUGCAGCAGCAACAGCAGCAGCAUCAAGCUCAGCAGAACACAACGGACAGUGCGAAGGUUGCUGCAGGAAAGAAACUGGCAGAAAACGAACGCAUCACACUGAUCGUGGACAACACGACGUUUUCAGUGAAUGUCUCGAUGCUAACGGCCCAACCAGAAACCAUGCUGGGACGAAUGUUUAGCACAGGAUUUGAAUUUACCCAUCCGAACGAGCGAGGCGAGUACGAGGUGGCCGAAGGUAUAUCGCGCACCGUGUUCCGGGCCAUCCUUGAGUACUAUCUGUCUGGGGUGGUCCGCUGUCCGCCGACUGUCUCUGUACAGGAGCUGCGGGAAGCAUGCGACUACCUGCUCAUCCCGUUUAACGCCAACACAAUCCGCUGCCAGAAUCUGCGCGGUCUGUUGCACGAGCUGUCCAAUGAGGGUGCCAGCAUCCAGUUCGAGGCGUUCCUGGAGCAGCUAAUCCUACCGUUGAUGGUGGAUGCCGCACGACAAGGUCAUCGCGAAUGUCACAUUGUGGUCCUGUCCGAGGAUGACAUUAUCGAUUGGGACGCCGAGUACCCACCGCAGAUGGGCGAGGAAGACUGCCAAACGGUCGCAAAUACGGCCAUGUAUCGGUUCUUUAAGUACAUCGAAAACCGUGACGUCGCCAAACAGGUGCUGAAAGAUCGGGGGCUCAAAAAGAUUCGGCUCGGCAUCGAGGGCUACCCGACGUACAAGGAAAAAAUCAAACGCCGCCCUAGCGGUCGUAUGGAAGUGAUCUACAAUUACUUGCAGCGGCCCUUUAUCCAUAUGUCAUGGGAGAAAGAGGAAGCCAAGAGUCGUCACGUAGACUUCCAGUGUGUUAAGUCUAAAUCGGUCACGAAUCUAGCGGAAGCGACCGCUGAUCCAGCGCUGGAACUCGAUUCGGCCGGGAAUCCGCUUCCUCAGCGGCACUUUGAAAUAUCGCACGAACCAGACGCAGAACCGUUUCUGCGACCCGACGCACUGCUUGACGGCGAGGAAGGUGCCAUCGGAGGCCUGCCCAAUGGGGACGAUAUCGGCCUACUGGGACCGGAGGAACCGCAGUAGAAUAGGUAGAGGUAAAUUUGGGCGCCCAGUUCCAUUCCUGCGCCCCCUUUCCCCUUCGUCUACCAUCAGUUUGUUCCUUGUCUCAUCUCCGAUUACGGCUUCACGACGUAGAGCACGGAAAGUAGAUCCGUAAUACUACAAGUUCGUAACAACAAAAAAAGAACUUCGGCUUUUCACACGAAUACUUCUCAUGAAUAGGAAAUCGAUUUAGUCACCCGAAUCGGAAUCUGCUGUUUUGUGCUUGCGUUUUUUCCCAAGUCUUGUCCCUGCAUGUGUGUCUAUGUUGCCGUUAACCCGUUUUGUGGUGGUGCUCUUUAAAGGAACGACAGUUUACCUCGACUUUUGAUUUAAUUUGUUUAACUUUACAACAACGUUCAUGUAUACCCUUACGCGGAACUGUUCUCCUCUCGAUGUGUGAUCACCAUGUUACUCAUAGUACCGUUGGCGCUUUAGGAAUGUAUAUAAAUUGAACUAACACAGUAUCUCCAUUUGGCGAAUCGUGCGCGUUCCAGUGGUUUUGAUUUCGUUACCGAUUAACACACGAAGCGCUUUAUUAUUCACGACUCCUCUUAUUUAUGCGAAUUGUUUACGGUCCUGUUUUCUUAUACUCCUACUCAUUGAACUAAUAUCCUGAAUAUCGAUUAUUACGUUACGUUAUUAUAUAUAAAUUUUAUGCGCUUAAUCACUACCAAAAUAAAGUUCCCCUUUCCCUCCGGUUCGUGCGUACAGUUGUGCGAGCAUUAUCCUAAUUUCAACGCAUAUAUACAGUUUUACCUUUUUUAUACCAAGCGAGAAUAAAUAAGAUAAUAAGCCUUUAAAAAGAAACAA